AUGCAUUUGCAUACCAUCCUGGCAGCGGGCUGGCUCGCAGCCAGCACCGCCUAUGCCGGGCUUUCCUCUCCUUCUACGCAAGCAUGUGCGGGCAACACACCGCAAACCCGUGAUCAGUGGUGCGAUUUUGACAUCCACACCGACUACUAUACCCAAGCUCCGGACACCGGAGUAGUUCGUGAAUAUUGGUUGGAGCUGGGAAACACCACCGCCGCUCCAGACGGCAUCCCUCGCGACGUCCUGACCAUCAACGGGACCUCACCAGGACCUACUAUAUACGCCAAUUGGGGUGACUGGGUCCGAUUUCAUGUCUACAAUGGUCUGGAAAACAACGGAACCAGCAUACAUUGGCACAAUGUGCGCCAGAAUCACACCAACCCUCAAGAUGUCACAAACUCCAUUACCCAAUGUCCCACGCCCCCUGGAAGAUCUAUAACUUACGAAUGGCGCGCCACGCAGUACGGCACAACCUACUACCACUCCCACUUUGCUCUGCAAGCAUGGGAUGGAAUAUACGGUGCUAUAGUGAUCAACGGACCUGCUAGUUCGAACUAUGAUGUCGACGCUGGCUCUUACCGCCUUCGACUUGUCAAUGGUGGAAUGAGCAACCUGUUCCGAUUCAUGAUCGAUGAUCACAAUUUGACCGUCAUUGCUGCGGAUUUCGUCCCCAUUGAGCCUUAUAACACGACGUCUCUUAACAUCGGUGUCGGACAACGGUACGAUGUAAUCGUCACCGCGAACCAAGCCCACGCCGGGUCCGACUUCUGGAUGCGCGCCAUUCCCCAGGAGGCCUGUGCCGAGAUUGAAAAUACCGAAAUCAAAGGAAUCUUCCAUUACGAGCAGCCGAAUAUUGUUGUGGCGACUCCCACAACAACGGCAUACAACUACACUGACAGCUGCUACGACGAGCCGUUGAGUAGCAUGGUGCCAGUGGUUGCUAUCGACGCGUCUGGCGUCGGCUUCACAAGCCACAACGAGGCGAACGUAAUAAUGAACAGUGCAGGCUUGUACAAGUGGUACAUGGGCCCGACUACGUUCAAGGCAGAAUGGGACAACCCGACUCUGCUCCAGAUCGCUCACGGCAACACUUCAUGGACCAAGACAUCCCAUGUUGUGGAGGUCGAAGGCAACGGCAAGUGGGUGAUUGUCGACAUUGAAAUGACCAUUAAUGUUCCUCAUCCUAUUCAUCUUCACGGCCACGACUUCUUCAUCCUCGCCCAGGGCGAUGGAAGCUACACGUCGAACACAACUCUGAACACCUACAACCCACCCCGUCGUGACACGGCUAUGCUACCCGCCCUCGGUUAUCUGGUCAUCGCAUUCAAGACUGAUAACCCUGGCGCGUGGUUGCUGCAUUGCCAUAUUGGCUGGCACCAAUCGGAGGGUUUCGCUAUGCAAUUCGUGGAGAGCAUGUCCCAGCUCGAGCCUAUGAUUGAUCCUUCCGCGCUCGAGAAGAACUGUGCUGCCUGGGAUAAAUAUGCUGCUGCUAACAGCAUUGAGGAGGAGGAUUCUGGUAUUUAUUCAGAAUGA